AUGCCUACCCAAAAGAAGAAAAAAGCGAACGAAACCAGUGAGGCUAAAUCAACCGCCGACAUCAAACAAGAGCCGGAAGAGUUGAAACCACUCAGCGCGUACGUCGACGACCGGCUGGAGCUUAUACGGCAAGUGUUUUCCUGCGUAAAACCGAAAGAGAUCAAGUAUCUUCUGCCGGACUUUCUGGAGGGUAAAUCGAACGACGUUAUAAAGGAACGUUGCUUGGACGAACUGCUCGGCAUCUCGACCAAGCGGCUACACUCAAUUAUCAACAAUACCAAAUGUCCUACGGACACGGAAUCGUCAUCCGAGGGGUCAGAUGUGGAGAAGAUUGAAGAACACAUUUCGUUGGAUGAAAUUUCUUCCGAUUCCGAUGUUGACUCAAAGCGUGUUUCCAAGCGGAGCAAGAAAGUUGAUAACAGCAAACAAGCCGAUGAAAAGAAUGGUGAACCAAAAUCGGAAAAGGAGAUGACCGUAUUGGAGCUACUGGAACUGCAAGCUCGUGCUCGUGCAAUUCGUUCGCAGCUGGCCUUGGAGCCGGUAACCAAAAUAGAAAUCGAAUCCGAGCAUGAAGGAGAGGACGGUCGCCAUGGUGACGUCGACACCGAUGACGAGUCGAAGCAGCCAACGAGGAUGCGCACCACUUCAAAAACAUCAGAAUCGACGAAAAAUGGCAAUGAUAUAAAGAAUGAAAACAAUGCCCAACAACAAACAAAACGAGUGCGAUUGAAACGAAACUUCCGCAUCCGGAAGGUAGGCGAUGAAGAUGAUGAUGAGCAAGAGGUGUCAAGCAAUCCGCCCGAUAAUGGUCGGGAAAAAUCCACCGAACAAGCGGUUGAGGAUGCUGAACCAGAAGCAGUUGCUCCGGAAAACACACAAGAGGAAGAAAAAUCUAUCGAAACGGUAACAUUAAAAGAAGCUGAAAAAUCUUCGGAAAAAGAAAGUUCCCCGAUAGAACAAGAAACGGAAAGUACUGCAGAUGAAGCAAACGUCGGUACACAGUCGGUAAACGUACAGGACGCUAGUGAUACAAUUGAAAAGGAGAAUGUUCCGGAUUCUGGUAGCCUCCGUCCGGAUGAAGACGAAAAACGUGAAAGCUCGCCGGAAGUUAUACCUGUGGAAGCUAGCCCGGAAACUUUGUGCAUCUCGUCGGACUCCGAAGAAGAGCGGCUGGCCAAGGAACGUGCAUCGAUUUUCGUCCCCAACAUCGAGGAACUGGACCGUCAGGCAAAGAAAGUGCCAACACCAGAACCGGAAAAGCCAGCUGAAGAUACGGAACCGGAGGAAGGUGAAAUUUCGGAGGAGGAACAAGAACCAGCACUGGUAGAACCGAUUACUGAACAGGUGAGUGAUCCGACUGGACAAACCGAAGAGCCAGAAGAAACAACGCGACCGGAUACGGUACAUGCCGAGACCAUUGAAGAUGGUCAAAAGGAAAAGGAACAAUCUGAAGGAAAUGUGUUACAAGCUGAAACGGUGGAAAAGGACAAAGAUGCACAAGAGACAGAAAUACAAACGUUAUCCUCGAGCAGCGAUGAGUCCGAUGGGUCUGGCAGUGGAAGUUCGUCCGAUAGCUCCACGGAGGCUGACGAUGAAGAGGCCAAAGGUGAACCAACCAAGUUAGACAACUCUGCUCACGACGAUGAGGACAUAGUGGAGAUACACGAUUCUGGUGAUGAAAAUUUGCUACUGGAGGAUAAACCUCCAGAGGAGGAAGCAAAGUCCUGGAAUACGCGCUGGUUGAAGAGUAGCCGCGUGGCCAAGGUAAUGGCCGCAUCCCGUCUAGGCAAUAAAGUUCGCGAAAAGUUGAAGAAAAAGAAACAAAUACAGCUUGCAGCUGAGCAACAGCAGCAGCAGCAGCAACAAGAACCGCUAGUGGAUAGUCCAGAUGUUUCGCAGCCAUCGCCGAAGAUGGGCGAAACGGUUGUUGGGGAAUUGCCUCCGAACAUAGAACUCGGUUCCGUAGAGCAUUACCGGGAAUUGGUUGCACAGCAAGAAAGUAAACAAGACUAG